UCCUCCGCCACGCGAUGUAGUUCGCCAGCGGUGGCGGAAACAAAGUUGUUGCUAGGCGACAGUGAAGUCAGGCGUCGCGCACUGAUAUUCAAAUUAACUGUCAGGUGUGCGAUAAAUUACAAACCGCGCUGGAGGCGUGUCAGCCAAUCAGAGCCGAGGACCGGGACUCGCUCCUUCUUCUUCUCUCCUAGACUUUUAACAAGCUAACAUGCUAACAUGCUAGCAGCGGAGGAGCUAACUAUGUUCGGAGGCUCCUGUGCGGACUGAGCCGAUUUAAGCUAACUCCUGCAGGAGCCCCGUUAGCCACAGGAUCGCUCCACGCCUCCUCCUCCCCCCCCCGCCCCGCUGCGAGUCACACGUGAUGACGGAGCUGCUGUCGCGGGGACGCGGUGUUGAUGAAGAUGAUGAUGAUGAUGAUGAUGUUGGGAAACGUCCUCUGGCUCACGGGCGGUGCUGUGUGAACAUUGUCCGGAGGUCCUCGGAGCCGAGCGCGUGUUAACGAUGAUGGGACCCCGGUCGUUGACGGGAGCAGAGCCAGAGGCAGCAAUGAACCCACCACACCGAUCAUCAAAUUCCCAUGAUGUCAGGCCGUCCACUGAGUCCCUGCAGAAAAACAACAGCAGCAACUCUGGUGUUAUUCUGGACAUCUCGGCUCUGAAGAUGGCGGAGGUGGAUUCAGAGGUGCCUCCACUUCCACCGCGCUACCGCUUCAGGGACUUGCUUCUGGGAGACCAGACAUUUCCGAAUGAUGACAGGGUGCAGGUGGAGUUCUACGUGAAUGAAAACACCCUCAAGGAGAGGCUGAAGCUUUUCUUCAUCAAAAACCAAAGGUCAAGCCUGAGAAUUCGCAUGUUCAACUUCUUUCUGAAGAUUCUCACCUGUGUCCUGUACAUUGUGAGAGUGUCCCUGGAUGACUCCACGGCGGUCAACUGUAACCCAUGCACCGCAAUAUGUCACAACAACAGUCGGACAAAUACAACAGAGUCGCUAAAAAUCAAUUGGGAUCUGAUUUUCUGGGUGAAUAGACACGAGUGUGUUUGGGCGAUACAGGUGACAGUGGCCUUAAUCGGUUUCUUGGAGACCAUGCUUAUCACAUAUCUCAGCUACAAGGGGAACAUUUGGGAGCAGAUCUUCAAGAUAUGCUUCAUAUUGGAGAUGAUCAAUACAGUGCCAUUCAUAAUCACCAUUUUCUGGUGUUCAUUGAGAAACAUAUUCGUCCCUGUGUUUCUUAAUUGCUGGCUUGCCAAAGGUGCCCUGGAGAACAUGAUCAAUGAUUUCCAUCGAGCCAUCCAGAGGACCCACUCUGCCAUGUUCAACCAGGUGGUCAUCCUCAUCUGCACCUUACUGUGUCUGGUUUUCACUGGAGCUUGUGGUAUCGAGCACCUCGAGCGAGCUGGGAAGCCCCUGAGUAUUUUUUACGCGUUAUAUUUCUGCAUCGUCACCUUCUCCACUGUGGGCUACGGGGACGUCACGCCAAAGAUCUGGCCGUCCCAGCUGCUGGUGGUCAUUCUCAUCUGCGUUGCCCUGGUGGUGCUCCCACUGCAGUUUGAAGAGCUAGCAUACCUGUGGAUGGAGAGACAGAAGUUAGGGGGGAACUACAGCCGCCACCGGGCCCAGACGGAGAAGCAUGUGGUGUUGUGUGUGAGCUCGCUGAAGAUCGACCUGCUGAUGGAUUUCCUUAACGAGUUCUACGCUCAUCCCAGACUUCAGGACUAUUACGUGGUGAUUCUGUGUCCGACAGAGAUAGACAUUCAGGUUCGUCGCAUCCUCCAAAUCCCUCUGUGGUCCCAGAGGGUCAUCUACCUGCAAGGAUCUGCCCUCAAAGACCAGGACCUCAUGAGGGCCAAGAUGGAUGACGCUGAGGCCUGCUUCAUCCUGAGCAGCAGGAACGAAGUCGACCGAACUGCUGCUGAUCACCAGACUAUUUUAAGGGCCUGGGCUGCAAAGGACUUUGCUCCAAACUGUCCCCUCUACGUCCAGAUUCUCAAACCAGAAAACAAAUUUCAUGUCAAGUUUGCUGAUCAUGUAGUUUGUGAAGAGGAGUUCAAAUAUGCCAUGUUGGCGCUCAACUGUGUGUGUCCGGCCACGUCCACCUUAGUCACUCUCUUGGUUCACACCUCCAGGGGACAGGAGGGGCAGCUGUCACCUGAGAACUGGCAGAAGAUGUACGGGCGCUGCUCGGGAAACGAGGUCUACCACAUCCGUUUGUGUGACAGCAAGUUUUUUGGGGAGUAUGAUGGAAAAAGCUUCACCUACGCCUCCUUCCAUGCACAUAAGAAGUAUGGUGUGUGUUUGAUCGGAGUGAAGAGGGAGGACAACAAGAGCAUCCUCCUCAACCCCGGCCCCCGCCACAUCAUGGCUGCCGCGGACACAUGCUACUACAUCAACAUCACCAAGGAGGAGAACUCGGCCUUCAUCUUCAAACAGGAGGAGAAGCACAGCAAAGGUCUGUCCGUCUCCGGCCUCUACGACGCCCCCUCCAGGCUGCCCGUGCACAGCAUCAUCGCCAGCAUGGUUGAUCAGGCCACUUCAUAUGGAACCGUAGCCAUAGACCUCCAGAACCCCGAUCCGCCCGAGGAAAGCGGUAAGCUGACCUUGCCGACGGAGAACGGAGACGGAAGCCGCAGGCCGAGCAUCGCACCGGUCCUCGAGAUCGCCGACUCCUCCGCCAUUCUGCCCUGCGACCUCCUCAGCGACCAAUCGGAGGAUGAGACCAACCAGUCAGACGAGGAGGGCUCUGUAGGGUCAGAUUUUGUGAAGGGCUACCCUCCUAACUCGCCCUACAUCGGCAGCUCUCCCACUCUGUGCCACCUCCUGCCUCAGAAGGCUCCGUUCUGCUGCCUGCGCCUCGACAAGGGCUGCACACAUAGCAGCUUCGUGGAUGCUAAAGCGUACGGCUUCAAGAACAAGCUGAUCAUAGUGUCCGCUGAGAUGGCGGGAAACGGCCUCUACAACUUCAUUGUCCCCCUGCGUGCGUACUAUCGGCCCAGGAAGGAGCUCAACCCCAUAGUGCUGCUGCUGGAUAACGCGCCAGACAACCACUUCUUAGAGGCCAUUUGCUGCUUUCCAAUGGUUUACUUCAUGGCUGGCACCAUCGAUAACCUGGACAACCUGCUGCAGUGUGGGAUCAUCUACGCCGACAACUUGGUGGUUGUGGACAAAGAGAGCACCAUGUGCGCUGAGGAGGACUACAUGGCCGACGCCAAGACCAUCGUCAACGUCCAGACUAUGUUCAGGUUGUUCCCCAGCCUCAGCAUCAUCACCGAGCUCACACACCCGUCCAACAUGAGGUUCAUGCAGUUCAGAGCCAAGGACUGCUACUCUCUCGCUCUCUCCAAGCUGGAGAAGAUAGAGCGAGAUAAGGGCUCCAACCUGGCCUUCAUGUUCCGGCUGCCGUUUGCUGCAGGCAGGGUUUUCAGUAUCAGCAUGUUGGAUACGCUGCUUUACCAGUCAUUUGUUAAGGACUACAUGAUCGCCAUCGCGAGGCUCCUGCUUGGUCUGGACACGACGCCUGGCUCUGGGUACCUGUGUGUUAUGAAGAUCACGGAGGAGGAUCUGUGGAUCAGGACUUACGGAAGACUCUUCCAGAAACUGUGCUCCUCCAGCGCUGAGAUCCCCAUCGGGAUUUACCGCACCGAGUCGCACAUGUUCUCAACCUCAGAGUCCAAGGACAGUUAUGCACAGUCUCAGGUGUCCAUCAACGUGGAGCAUGGCGAGGAGCAACGAGAGCGCAGAGAUGCCUGGAAGGAGAAGGUGGCCCACAGAAACUCCACUGCCAGCGACCAAUCGGAGCACCCGCUGCUGAGGAAGAAGAGCAUGCAGUGGGCGCGGCGUCUGAGCAGGAAGAGCGCCAAGCCGCCCAGUCGAACCGAGCGCAUCUCGCAGCAGAGACUCAACCUGUACCGACGCUCUGAGCGGCAGGAGCUGUCCGAGCUGGUCAAGAAUCGCAUGAAGCACCUGGGCCUGCCCACCGUCGGAUACGAGGAUGUUUCUAAUCUCACUGCGAGCGAUGUCAUGAAUCGAGUAAAUCUAGGAUAUUUGCAAGAGUUGCAGGACAUUUCAGAGCACCCGUAUACAGAGGGGACCAGGCCGCCAGACGAGAUGAACGACCACCAGAACACGCUGUCGUACGUCCUCAUCAAUCCUCCUCCCGACACCAUGCUGGAGCUCAACGACAUCGUGUACAUUAUCCGGUCCGACCCGCUGGCUCACAUGCCGGAGGACUCGCAGGUGGGGCAGGCUCGAGGCUCCAGGAAUCAACAGGAGUUUGGCACCGAGACGAGAGAUGAGACUCACCUCUGAAACCCCACCCAGCGCUCCACACUCUGACCCUUAACCCUCUCAGCUCCACCCGGGCCGGACGGAGCUCGUUUGUCUCACAAAGAUGAAGGCUUGUCUCGGGCCAAGAACAAGCGUCCACAGCGAAUGUGCAUUAGGUGUCUCUCUCAGCCUCGGACCUGGAAGCAAUGAAUAUUUGAAGAGACUGUGCUGAGAGACCUGCUGUUUCCCCACUGAGCUGCUACAGGAGGAUGCAUGAAGAGUGCCUCGUCAUCGCCCCCGACUCCCCUCGCACGCCCACGGAACGAGCACACGUCGCCCUCGCCAAACAAUCUGAGAAGCAGGCGCUGCUAACGACUCCCCAACCAGAACUCUGAGGGAUGCGAUCGAUGUUGUGAAAGGUGUCAAGGUGUUUUGGGGGGGGGGUUUUCUCCCUCAUGCACACACCAUCAUUUAAAAUCAUCACUUCACUCAUGCUUUUCUCAAGUGGGGGAGUUUCCCUCGUGUGCACAUCCUCUACGCCUGUUGCUACCUAAACUCGCAAAAGAACCAAAUCUCGGGGGAUUCACACCCAGGGAUUAAAGGUGUUUGUGCUACAACAGACUUCUGUCAAUUAGUUUCCUGAGCAUUGAAGAUAAAUAUAGGAUUUUAACUCUAAACGACAAAACCCUGUGAUUAGUCGUUCGGGCGAAAUACAGGUUUGUCGCUCAAGUUGUCUUACGUUGUGCUAUACCCUUGUUAUGUCAGUAGGUGGCGCUAAUCAGCUGUGAAUUUGUUUGCGACUGGGGUUAGCGGGUACCAUUCUCGUAAAGCUAAUUACUGGUGAGAAAGAAAUGACCCACGACUUGCAGGUUAGUGAUCAAGUAAAAUCUUAACAAAACAAAUUUACAAAAGAAACGCACAACUAUAAAAUGUUUUUUUCGGCUAAAUGUCGUCAAAAGGAAACGUGACAGUAAAUCUGCUGUUUCAUUUCUUUUUAUUCCCUUUUUUGGGGGGGGGCUUUAAUCCCUGUCCACCCUCCUGCACAGCUUCAGUCAGGUUUUAUAAAGAGAAACAUCCAUUCAUCCAUUCACCAUGAAAUCAGAGCACAUAUGAACUUUCGUUUGGUUUUGAUUCUCUUUAUCUGACGGGACUUUCAUUGUCGUUCUGAGCACAAAUUUUUUUACGACACAUAAUCAUCUAUGAAUAUUUACACUUAUAUCAACCAUAUUACAUCAUCCUUUUCUCUGUUGUGUCUUUGGAAACUGAACUUUUUCUCGUUGUUGUUGUUGUUGUUGAAAAGUGAUUAUUGUUAAUUUAUUCCACUAUUUACGAUUAUUUUAAUCAUAUCUGCUGUACUGUUUGUGCCAUUUCCGUUCACUUGAUUUCUUACAUUUUUACAUUAUGUAUUUAAAAGAAAUUGCACAUUGCCAGUAUGUGCCACUCUGCAUCUAUGUGAUGUCAGAGUUUAUUUUGGAGCCUGACCGAUACAUGAUACAUGCGUCUGCAGGAGAGAAAUCACAAGAUAUAUACCAGGUAAUAAGAGAUAAAUACAUAGGAUAUAUACAAUAUAUAUAUAUAAGGCUUAAGGCUCUUAUUUUGAAACGUGAGACAGGAAGGAAUCUUGUUAAAUCGUCACGUUCAUCAUCACAAGCAUGAUGCCUGGAAAGACGUCACGUGAGAAGAGAUGCGUAAAUACACACGUGAUCACUAAUUUAUUAUCCAGAUUACAACUGAUAAUACUGUCAUGAAAUUAUCAAAUUAUCGUACAUCUUGUAUUAUUGAUCGUACUGUCGGCAAAAUGAUCGUAGAAAUACGAUCACUAUCGUACAUCUGGCAGCCGUGAGAGGAGUUACGAAAUACGUCAACUGCAAUGUGACAUUUUCAUCAGUCAGGGAAUAUGUCAUCGAUUAGUUUUAGCUAAUAUCAACAUCAGUAUCGGCCUGAAGAAAAUCCAGUAUCGGUCAGGUUCUAGUGUUUUGUUUAUUUAUUUAUCUGAAGUCGAUGGUACAUAUUAAUUAGAUCUUUCAGUUUCAUAACUCUCAUCAUGUUGCAGCAGGAGCGGUAGCAGAACAGUUUUGCACAAAUACUGACACCGGCACAGUUACGUCUAUUUUUAUCUUGUAAUCGACUGUCAGGUCCAAAAGUCUGACACCACUUGACCCACUCUAUUUCCAAAAAUGUAUUUGGAACGUGCUUGAGCUGAAAAUGAAGUGCUCUCCUUUUCCAGAUUGUACAGGUCACACUCCAUGUGCAGUAUUUAUUUUCCUCUUGAUCACGUAUCAGCUGCAGGUUUAGUUUGAUCACUGUAAAUAGUAACUUUAUAUAUUCAUCGCUUGUUCAUCGUUUGUUGUUCUGUUUCCGUCUGUGAUUCCGUGUGAUAACAAGUGAAGGAGGACUUGAAGUAUUUUUGCACUAAGCUCUGCGGGGAAGUCGAGAGCAAAAGAGCAUGACCCUUUAAUCUGAAUCUGUACAACACCGCAGACAGUAUUCAACAAUUCCAGUGAAGCUAAGACGUUGCGACUUCUGUCGAUUUGAAUUAUCUUGCAAUUCUUUGCAAACUUACUCUGCUAUGUGACAUUUUUAUUUUUUGUAUGUCUAAGAAAUAUCGAGUGAUGGUCACGGUGAAGUAAUCUGGGAUCGGCAAAAGCUUACUUAAUGUUUUACGAUGUAUUUUGCGAAGGUUCCAGUUAAAGUGAACUCUUUGCUCGGUAGCCCCCCCUACAGGAGAGUCAGUUUACAGGGCAGGAGAGCCGAGGAGUGGAAGCGUGAGCGACCAGCGUUGGAUACGACCGGCGUGCGAAUCCCGUCAUUUAGCGUCUUCCCGGGUCCUCACUCCACAAAGAAAUCACUUCGGACCUCCUGCUGUCAUACUCGCUAACAACCACAAGGGGCAUGUAAACACUAAAAAGCAUGUUUUGAUAUACGAGCUUGCCAAGAAUGAAACAUUUUGUACAUUUAGCCGGAGAUUUCACGUGAUGUCCCGUCGCUAGAGAAACCCAUAAUCGAGUCAACUGCUUGCAAGUUGCAGCCAUUAUUUGAUACUGUGUAUUUAUAUGAAUGGAACAUGCAUGUCGUCUCGGUGUUACCUCCAGUUUAUGAUUUUGAGUCAUUGUCAAAAGAGGAGUUUGAUCCAUUUUGUACGAUUUCUUAUGAGAAGCGAGUUCACUUCUCCACGUAUAAAACAUGAACAAAUAAAUGCUGCAUGCAGCCAGAUCCAA